AUGCCGCCUAAGGAAGCGACAAAAUUAGACCCGCGUAAGCAGAAGCAGGCCUACAAGGCAGAGCGGAAGAGGGAGCGUCGAGCCCUCAAAAUCGUUGACGCUCCCGUAACAAAGCAACGGAAACGACGUAUACGUAAUCGUGAUCCGGCUGAAAAACAAGUACCGCUAACUAUCGAGUCUAUGAGACGGUUCGAUGAGACGAUCGUACGCCCAGAUGACGCAGAGGUAGCUGCCGAAGAACGAAUUGACGAAUUUGCCGCUCAUUUCCGUGGAGAAAGAGAGCCCAAACUCUAUCUUACUACUUCCAGGCGUCCUAGCGAAAAGAUGCGGACUUUUGUGAAAGAACUGCUGCUAAUUUUACCGAAUAUCUACUACUUCGCUCGUGACGAACGCAAGCUAGAACACCUUGUGCAAGAGGCAUCGGAAGGCAAGUUCUCUGCUAUACUGCUGAUCACACAAGGACGAGGCAAAAAACCUAAUGGGAUUUAUGUGUGUUCUCUACCGUAUGGACCGACAACUUUUUUUCGACUCUCCAGCCUAACGUUAGCAAGUGACAUGAAAGGGUCAGGAAAUUUUACGGAGAGCAAAUCUGAAAUAAUUCUCAACCAUUUCGACACACGCGUAGGACGCCGUGUGGGACGACAAAUUGCGUCGUUGUUCCCGCUGGACCCAGAACUAGAGGCGAGGAGGGUUAUCACUUUCCACAACCAACGUGACAUGAUAUUCUUUCGACAUCACAGAUAUGUUUUCCGUAACGAAAAAAAGUGCUCACUUACGGAAAUUGGACCACGCUUCACGCUAAAGGUACAUUCCGUUCAGGAAGGUACGAUGGAUCUCGACAAAGGUCUUUACGAGUUUGUAUGGCGCCCAGAUCUACAGGUUGAUCGUAAGAGGUUCUUCAUAUGA